AAGAAGGCAGGUUAAUUUUCCCCCAAACCCCCCCUAACGCCAGUUUUAUUUAUAUAAUAUAUUUAAAAAUAUUUUUGCGCUGUAAGUCGUUUUAGGGUGUCAGUUAAUUGAGGUAUAAAACUACUCCGUGACAAUCAGCACAAAGAGACUCCGUGUCUGCUCGGGUUUAGUUUACCCGGCAGCUUUCAACUUAAGUGUUAGCUCACCGGCUAAGCAGCUAGCAGAGAUUGUGUCGCAGUGUGCGGGUCGACCGAUAGGGACGGCGGCUAAAACUUGGUUGCUUCCUUGAAGAAGCUCGGUGAGUUAGCUACACUCUGCCGUAUUUAUUUAUGUUUAAUUCUGCUGUCCGUUGAAGCGGAAUCAACGUGAUUUGAGGCGUAGCCUUUCGGCACACCGUCAGAGAGCCAGCAGCCUAUCCCGGAGGAUCAGCAGCCACACAGCUGAGAUGACAUCUGCUUGUAACUUGUAGCUUAACGACUGGCUUUUAAAACACUAUGGAUUGUAUUGGCAGCUAGUUUGUUCUUUUUCUUAAAACCCACAAUGUAAGCUAUCUUGUCAGAAAAACAAAAAGUAACUGAUCUCGGCAGCACGUAUUAUUAGUCUCGUGAACAGCGACAAGAGAAGACGCGCCGAAGCUGAGGCUACAGCAGUGUCCCCCUCCCCGCUGUUUCCGAGCGCAGAAGUCGGUGUUAUCCCCCCGUUAACCGGAGCGUUUUACCGUUUGAAGCGCCCAUAUGCCUGCGCCUACGCCCGUCUCAACAUCCUGAAGGCAGAAAGAGACGGAGGGAGGGAGGGAGGCAGCGGCAGCUCCGGGGUCCCCGACACUCAGCCGAGGAGAGGCAUCGCUGAAAUGAGAUGAGGCUCAGGAAUGGAACUGUGGCCACUGCACUUAUUUUCUUCACGUCUUUCCUCAGCCUCUCCUGGUACACAGCGUGGCAGAAUGGCAAAGAGAAGCUGAUAGCGUACCAGCGGGAGUUCCACGCUUUGAAAGAGCGCCUUCGUGUGGCAGAGCACAGGACACUGCAGCGUUCGUCCGAGCUCAACAACAUCCUCGAGCAGUUCAGACGCGCCAUUGCUGAAACUAACAGCAGCAAAGAUGCCCUCACAAACUUCUCAGAUGAGACGCAGAAACUACUGAAGGAGCUAGCAAACAGGAAACCUCUCCAGGUGCCAAAUAUCUACCACCAUCUGCCUCACCUUCUCAAUAAUGAGGGCAGCCUGCACCCUGCAGUGCAGGUUGGUCUUGGGCGCACAGGAGUUACCAUGGUGAUGGGGAUCCCCACCGUGAAGAGGAAGGUGAAGUCUUAUUUGUCAGAGACUCUGCGCUCGCUAAUAGACAAGCUGUCACCAGAGGAGAAACUUGACUGUGUCAUUAUAGUCUUUGUUGGGGAGACUGAUCUGGACUACGUUCACAGUGUGGUUGCUGGCCUGGAGAAAGAGUUUUCUACAGAGCUGAGCUCAGGUUUGCUGGAGGUGAUCUCCCCACCGGCUUCUUAUUACCCCGAUCUCAACAACCUCAAAGAGACUUUUGGAGACUCCAAAGAGAGAGUGAGAUGGCGUACAAAGCAGAAUCUGGAUUAUUCUUUCCUCAUGAUGUAUGCUGUGAGCAAAGGGGUUUAUUAUGUCCAGCUGGAGGACGACAUUGUGGCCAAGCCCAACUACUUUGCCACCAUGAAGAACUUUGCCCUGCAGCUCUCUUCAGAAGACUGGAUGAUCUUGGAGUUCUCUCAGCUCGGCUUCAUUGGAAAAAUGUUCCAGGCUCCAGACUUGAACCUCAUUGUUGAGUUUAUUUUUAUGUUCUACAAAGAGAAGCCCAUCGACUGGCUGCUGGACCAUAUUCUCUGGGUCAAAGUCUGUAAUCCUGAGAAAGAUGCGAAACACUGCGAGAGGCAGAAGUCCAGCCUCCGCGUGCGGUUCAGACCCUCCCUGUUUCAGCAUGUGGGGCUCCAUUCUUCUCUUGCUGGAAAGAUUCAGAAACUUACAGACAAGGACUUCCUGAAGCCCCUGCUGCAUAAGAUGCAUGUUAACCCACCAGCUGAGGUCUCCACUUCAAUGAAGGUUUAUCAGGGUCACACAUUGGAGAAGACGUAUCUAGGAGAGGAUUUCUUCUGGGCAAUAACUCCUACUGCUGGAGAUUACAUCCUCUUCAAAUUUGACAGGCCCGUUAGCAUAGAGAGGUUCCUGUUUCGCAGCGGUAACCAGGAGCACCCUGGGGACAAGAUCGAGAACACCACAGUGGAAAUACUGCCCGUCUCGGAAAAUGGAUUGCAGACCAAAGACAAGUACAAGAGAACCGAAGAUCGCUUUUAUAGGCUCGGUCAGUUUGAGAAGGGUGUUGCUGAAGGGGCUGUAGAUCCUGCACUGAAUCCUGUUGUGGCGCUCCGGCUUUCGGUUCUCAAGGACUCUGCUGUGUGGGCCAUUCUCAGUGAAGUACAUAUAAAAAGGGUAACCAGCUGAACAGUCCUGAGGGUGCACAUGAGUCGUGGCCCCUGGGGGACCGAAAUCUCCUAGACUGCUUAUGCAGGGCCUCUGGCACCUAGCGAUCAGCAGUGAAGUCAUUAGGGCUUAGAGCUGCUCGUCCGAGCUUGUCCGACGAACGCCACCUCUUUGUCUAUUCCUAAUGUACCUUGUUAUUUUUUUUGCUUCUCAUCAGUCUAUUUCUCCUCCUUUCGUCUCUCCCUCACUCUCUUGCUCUUUAUUUGUGAGAAUGUGAAUACUACUGUUUGACGAACGGCAGAGGAGCGUGUGAAGACUUCUGAUCCACGCUCUGUCGUUCCAGCAGCUUUGAAAACAAUCAGAAAAAAAAAAAAUACUCGGACAAAUUGAUCAAACAUCUGGGGGAGAACCAGUCACCUGGCCACUGGUGUAGAUGCUGCCAAAUCCUUCUGUUACUCAAUGCUGCCACCUUUGGGCGAGCUGGGGCAUUGCACUGUCACUAGCGCCUCAGCGGAGCCCGCCAUGAUCAAGAAUGUUGUCAUCACUAGUGGCCAGUUGCUCUCUGUUCUCUGCAGAGAUGACGGAGCUCCAGAUCAACACCAGCCCAAACAUUAAAAAAAAAAAAAGAUUCCAUCUAGAUUGUUGUGGGUUAUAUUUAAAUACUCUGCUUAUCCUGAAACACACACAGUCAGGAUGAGCUUACUGUUAAAAGAUCCUGCCUGUAACCAGACGGUGACACCUUUGACCAUAUGCCAGUAUCAGUGGUAACUACUCUGGUCCAUGAAGACAAUAAAUAGGAACACAUCUGAUACACCUCUUAUCUGACAGGCUGUGUAUGACCUCAGUGUCCAUUCAUAGGAAAUCAAUCGGACAUUGCCUUGGCACCAUUGUCCUGAAGGAAUAUAUUGUUAUAAUGAUAUAUUAUUACAGCUUUGACUGACGAUCUAUGAAGGUGAUUUAAUUUAUUUGAAAUAAAUCUUUAAUUUGUACAAAAGGUAAAAUAUAUUUUUAUUCUAUCAAGAGAUGUUUAUGGUAGUUCAGUGUGUCUUUGUGUACUUUUGUGUUUUUUUUUUUUUUUGUUUUUUUUUUGUUUUAUUUUUUUUUUUCUAAAUGCUAUUGUGUAUAUAUUAUUUUCAUUAUAACAGCUACUUGUAAAGUUGCUUUGUCUGUCAGUACCGAUAGCUUGGUUCUGCGGUCGCUUUACAGUUUCUUUCCUUUUGAAGCAAAAUGUCGUAACUAAAUAAUUUUAUUUGCUUAAAAACAAAAAACUUGAUAGUGGGAAAGCUGUAGGUGUGGGUUGAAAUUGGUAAUAUGUGCCUUAUAUGUAGGUGACUCUUGAAGCGAUUUUAAUUUGUUCCCUCUCACUUUUGCCUACACAUCAGUUGCUGGAUAUACUAAUGUUUUGAACAUAACCCACAUAGUCCAAUUAGUGAUUGGAUGUCAACAACAAUAAUUGUGUAUUAUGCUAAAAGUGGUAAAUGAGCAGGGUUUGAAACGGCGUGAUUUGCACUGCUUUGUUUGUUACAAUCUUAACCUUCAUCGUUGUACCCAGUUUUACAUUUUUCCCACGGGGUUUCUCUCCACAUCGCAAUUCAUUUGUCCAGUCAUGUACCUGUUUUGUGAUUGGACAGAAUAUUAUGACUACUGAUCACUGCAGAGCGUGCCACUGAUUGUAUAUAUAAAUACAGCAACGAGUUAUGUCUCUCUAUUACUUUCUCUUACCUCUCUGAAUAGUUUCUAGAAAUCCACUUGUGUAUUUGUGGCUGAUUUACUGAGUGGAAGCUGUUUUAAAGUGAAACUUCACUCAUUUUUUUACGUUAUUAAGUGGUUUAUUCAA